UCUGCUCAGCAGACUGCAGUUUCGUAUAAAUGCAAAACUGAAACCCAUCUUUGCAUGGACUCCUUACUGUGCAGGGGGCUUGUGUGUCUUCUUGCCUUCUGUUUCUUUCCCCAAAUCUCUCUUUUCAAAAGGAAGGUCUAUUCUGCUGCUAGCAAUGCAUUCUGAGAGGUGGCUAUGUUGCUGUUACCCUGCUUUCUGUGUGUUGGCAUUCAUGUUCACAUCCUUGAUUAAAGAUACCACAGCCUGUGAAUCAGAGGAACGGUUGUUUCACAAACUUUUCUCCCAGUACAACCAGUUCAUCAGGCCAGUGGAAAAUGUGUCUGAUCCUGUCACUGUGUAUUUUGAAGUGGCCAUUACCCAGCUCACAAAUGUGGAUGAAGUCAAUCAGAUUAUGGAAACAAAUUUGUGGCUAAGACAUAUCUGGAAUGACUAUAAGUUGCGGUGGGAUCCCAGAGAAUAUGAUGGUAUUGAAUUUGUUCGGGUACCAGCAGAUAAGAUUUGGAAACCAGAUAUUGUCUUGUAUAAUAAUGCUGUGGGAGAUUUUCAAGUUGAAGGCAAGACCAAAGCCCUCCUUCGCUAUGAUGGAAUGAUCACCUGGACACCACCAGCUAUUUUUAAAAGCUCCUGUCCUAUGGAUAUUACCUUUUUCCCAUUUGACCAUCAGAACUGUUCACUGAAAUUUGGAUCAUGGACCUAUGACAAAGCCAAAAUUGAUCUUCUCAUCAUCGGAUCCAAAGUAGAUAUGAAUGACUUUUGGGAAAAUAGUGAAUGGGAAAUCAUUGAUGCUUCUGGCUACAAACAUGACAUCAAAUAUAACUGCUGUGAAGAGAUCUAUACAGACAUAACAUAUUCCUUUUAUAUUCGAAGGUUGCCCAUGUUUUAUACCAUAAAUCUGAUCAUUCCCUGCCUCUUCAUCUCAUUCUUGACUGUGUUAGUUUUUUAUCUGCCAUCUGACUGUGGCGAGAAAGUGACUCUCUGCAUCUCUGUGCUCCUUUCUCUGACUGUAUUUUUACUGGUGAUCACAGAAACAAUCCCAUCCACCUCUUUAGUAAUUCCCCUUGUAGGAGAGUAUUUACUAUUUACUAUGAUAUUUGUGACUCUGUCAAUUGUCAUCACGGUGUUUGUCCUGAACAUACAUUACAGGACUCCAACCACACACACAAUGCCUAGAUGGGUAAAAACAGUCUUUCUUAACCUGCUCCCCAAAGUCCUGUUGGUGCAGAGACCACUAGAACAGCAGAAAAAAAACUUGUCCAGAAAAAACAAGAAAGGAUCAGCCCAUACACCAGGCAAGUUAAAGCUCAGCAAGCACAAAGAUGCCAAUUUACACAAGGAGCAGCGGUGCAGUCACUGUGGUAAUGCAGCUGAACUCACUACCACCAAAAGAAGACAACUGAGCCAUCCAUCACUGAAAUGGAUGGCAGAGCACAUGGAAUACUCGCCAGAAGUGAAGGACGUCAUUAGCAAUGUUCAGUUCAUCGCGAAGAACAUGAGAUCCCAAAAUGAAACCAAAGAGGUGGAAGAUGAUUGGAAAUACGUAGCUAUGGUAAUAGACAGAGUAUUCCUCUGGGUUUUUAUAAUCCUCUGUGUGUUUGGGACUGCAGGGCUCUUCAUCCAGCCACUAAUAGCAGAUAUGUAACUCGAUUCACCGCUUUUUAUCCACUUCUGUUCUUGGUUCAUUUUCGGUUCAGAACUGUUCCCUGUAUAUCUGUUCUCUUACAUAACCCCUUUCCUUAUCACCCCCUCAGCAUCCAGCCACAGAGGAAAGGAAAAGGAGAGGGAAGGGUCCACUGGGAAAGCAAACAACCUAAAACAGAAUAAGAAGAGGACUGAAAAUGGGAGAUGGGCAUGGGGUCUCUCCCUCAAUGAGAUCAGCAAUAACAAUCACACUGAUGAUCAGAGGAGCAGAAUGAAUUUAUUGAGCUUUUCAGUUGGUUUCAGAAUAGGGGGCUACUAGGUCAGCUCUGGCACUUCUGAGUGCAUUGCCCAAAGACGAUUCUACCCGGCUUAAUUUUCCUCUCCUGAUUAUAACUCUCCCUCAGCUUUGAGUUAAUUUACAUUUUCUCUCUAUUUCUCUCCCUGUACAACAGCUAGUUUUUUUGGCAUGGUGCUUAGAUGAGCUACCACAGUCCUGACCAUGCCAAUGCUCUUUCUCCUGUCCUUGUUUGAAGGUAGCAAAUAAAAGCACAAAAAAACCUAAUCCCCCAACACUGUAACAUUUUCAAUACAAUCUAAAAUAAGGGCCCCCCAUCUUCCACUAUAUAUGUGCACAAAUGAGAGUCCCAGAUCAACAAAGCAUGCGUUUAUAUUUAUGUUUGCAGUCAGACAGGUCUUAUGCAGUUAAUCACAGCUGAAGGCAAACUGACAUAGUAUUAGAAUGUGGUUACUCUAUAAGGCAACCACAUUUGAAAACUACAUGUUUCUGUGACAUUUGAAAUCCUGCGACUUUGCAUGUCACCAAAGUGCCCCUUUACUUUGUGAUACCAAGUACCAAGAGUUUCAUGAGCUUCAGCAAGUUUUCCAAGCCACAUUUCUCUCAUCAGGUUAGCAGUGACCCCAGUCUAUAGGUUCUGCUCUGAAAAUCUUUGCAUGCUCUAGCUCAGGUAUAAGGCCAGCAGGGAAGGUUUUGUCUCUAGGUCGCUACUCAUCACAGACAGUAUUGGCUUUAGAGCACUGGAUUGAGUUGACCAACUUGGAUUACACACACCCAGCAGGAGAAGGCUGGUUAUCCUGAGCACUAUGCAAAGCUGCACAUGCUGGGCUGAACAGCUCUGCAGCAAUUUUCCAUUUGCUGGCUCCUCAUGAGUCAGUGCUGUGUGUGCAAACCUGUGACUGCAGGGACGUUUCCUUUGGGGCUGAGGUUGCUGCCGUAUAACCAGGUUAGGUUCCCAGUCCUACUGUGUUUAAUCCUGAAAUACUGUAGAUGCACGUUUUAUGUGUUUCUAUUCUAUAUGGACAGUUUACCCUCAGAUCCCAUGUCCAUUUAGGAUGUCACUGAGUUUGUGCUGAAGGAUUCUUCUCUAAAAGACACCAUUUCAAUUAAAGCCAAUGGCUGCAAGAGUAAAAAGCAUUGCUUGCUUAUAGGAGGCUCUAAAUUUAACUGUCUGGUGUCUGUGCAAUGUUUUUGG